UUGAGGAUACCGAGCGUGCACUCAACCACCCUGGCUCCAGUACACUUGCUUUCAAGUUAUAUGUUGAGUACCUCCUUGAGCGCCGGAAAGGUGAUUUUGUUUUGGGAGAGCACUACCACAACACACAAACCCUUGGCAAGAGUCGGAAACAUGCCGGCCGCAGCUCAACUGACUCCUUGCACCGCAAGCUCCAUUAUCUUUCCUUUGUCAACAGAAAGCGCGCCGAUGUCAAACUCGCAAAAUCUUUACAUGCAAAAUUUGGGCCAGAUCCGGUCCUUAUUCUUGAUAAUUGGGCCCCAGGCAUGGCCCGUUACCAUGAGCCAAUUCGUGGCAAGGGGGUGCGGGAGAUGCUAAUAGGCCAGCGAUUCAUUGUUUACUUGAUCGACGAGUAUUGCAUCUCAACGUUUUACCCAGUAUGUGAGCAGGAUGGAGAAAUUUCACAAAAUUUAUGAUCCUCAUCUGCAAAAUCCCAAGCACAAAUACUAUGUCACAAUGGCAGCAGCAGCAUCAUUCAAUUCUAUCGCAGCUGCAACCACUUCAGCCACUGCUAAUUCCGUCGCAGCUGCAGCCGCCGCCGUUUCUAUUGCAAUUAAAACUGCCGCCGCUGCCGCAUCUAUUAGUAACAGUGAGCAGCAUAGUUGCGACAAGUGGAUGCCCAUUCGCCCACAGUCUGCCGGUAUCAUCCGGUGGAUAGGGAAGGAAAAGGGCUGGUCUGAGGACAAAAUUGACAGCAUAAUUAAGCAGCAGGUGCAGGAUGAGCUGGCUGAGGGAUAUCGUGAGCAUUACAUCAAUAUCCAGCUCGCCGAUAAUCUCAAGCGCAUUGUCAGGCUGAGCGGCUGGUCACGGGGCAAACUUGAGCGCAAAAUCAGACAGAGGAUGCGCGAUGAGUUGGCUGCGCAGCAGCAGCACCAGAAGCAUGGUCAGCAGCACCGGGUGGCCGCAACAGGCGUUAAUACAAUUCCGGCGGGCAUUAAGAAUGAUGCGAAAGUUCAAGGCAGUCAUCCUCCACGUUUCUUGCGCAAAAAGGCAUUGUCAGAGUUGGCCGAAUCCGCGUCUGUAGCGGCACCUGAGACUUUGCUCAAGCCAAAGCCCAAGACCAAGCGUGUGCGCAAGAAUCCACCUGCCCCUGUUUCUUUUCUUCAAAAGGAGCAGCAAGCUGAUUAAUAUUGUCGCACAUAGUGGUCUAUUGUCACUAGUUUCUAAACACCAUGGGGAAGGAUGUCGAUUUGCAGGAUACUUGUAGCCUCACUUUUCUUUUAGUAUAUGCUGCUUGGAUAUGAUUUUCAAAUGUCA